AGGGCGUGCGGAGGGGCGGGGGGGGGGGCGGGCGCGGCCUGAGUCAGGCUGCGGGGCGGACCCCGACCCUAGCCGCCACUCCUGUCCCAGCGGCCGUCAGCCUCAGUCGCAGCCCGGCCUCGCUCUUCAACUUGGCAAAAAUGUCCAAGCCUACAGAGACUGAGCGAUGCAUCGAGUCCCUGAUUGCUGUUUUCCAAAAGUACAGCGGGAAGGAUGGAAACAGUUGUCACCUCUCCAAGACUGAGUUCCUCACCUUCAUGAACACAGAGCUGGCCGCCUUCACGAAGAAUCAGAGGGACCCUGGAGUCCUGGACCGCAUGAUGAAGAAGCUGGACCUCAACAGUGACGGGCAGCUAGAUUUCCAAGAGUUUCUCAACCUUAUUGGGGGCUUGGCGAUAGCCUGCCACGAGUCCUUCCUCCAGGCUUCCCAGAAGCGGUUCUAACCGGUCUCGUUCGCAUUCUGGCUGCCGAGGCAUCAGCUCCUCCACCAUCCGUACCUGCACUGAGCCCACCACACCCAUCACCACACGC